AUGUUGCAUUUAUCUCGAGGCAGGUCAUGUACAUUAUAUGCACACUGUGUUUUAAGGUCCCCUGAAAAUGCAGCUGGUGCUAUUGAAUCUGGAGCCGGAGACCUUUCCAUUCAAGCCAUGCAAAGGUUAGCAGAAUCAGACCAACUGCAAAGGAACUCUUGUUUCGUGCAAAAGUUAAAGUCAUUCUUUAACUUGGCUUUCCAUAAACUUUUUACUAUUGAGGCCAUUUCUGAGAUUAUGUUUUAUAGAACACUUCUGCUCGGAAAUGGCAUUGAAGCACUCCUCGAAAAGGCCAAGGGAAGUCACAAGAGCUGCAAAAAUGCUGCCACUGAUGCUCUCAGGGAUCUAGGACUCGAUGAUUACGACUUAUAA